GUAAAUAAAUAUGGAGUAUUUUUGCCGGUCAACAUUGUUUUUAUUAAAUCCAAUUAAAUCUCGAACAUUUUGGUCCAAACGAGCUGGAUUUAUAUACAACCAAAUACAUUAAUAGUGCAAAGUAACAAGUACAGUAAAAUCAGUGUAAAUUUUGUGCGAAUUCUACAACAACAACAGUGAGUUAUACCGACCGCCAUGGAAUUUGAUAAAUUGGUAAAGUCGCAGGUAAGCGUUUACGACAACAUAUCGAAGCUACUCUUAAACUACAAGAAAACGGGAAAAGAACGGCUAACUAAAGGGUUUGUUGAGGCACGGAUGGAGAUGGCAGACAAAUAUUGGGACAAAUUCGAGCAACAACAUAACACGUUGUUGUCGGCGGAACCUGAGUACCAACAAAAGUCGGAAUAUUUCACUAAAGACAUCUAUGAGCAGUGUUUUGAUAAUUAUCUCGAUCUAAAAACGCGUAUGAAGGAAAAACUGAACUCAUUUGAAUGUACACAACCAUCUAGUGUCGCAGUAAAUAAUUCCACAACAGAACAAUCACUUUGUCCAAACAUGAAACUUCCACCAAUACAGUUCAGUACAUUUUCUGGUGACUAUAGAGAUUGGCUGUCCUUUCGAGAUGUGUUCAAAUCAUUGGUUCACGACAAUACCUCUCUUAGCAAUGUCAACAAGUGUCAAUAUUUGAAAUCAAGUCUGAGAGGAGAGGCGGAGAACUUAGUUAAACAGAUAGCAGUUUCAGAAGUCAACUAUGAGAUCAUGUGGGAAAUGCUCAACAAUCGUUAUAACAACAAGAGAAGUAUAGUAAACACUUAUAUUGGCAAAUUGUUUAACCUGAAACGCAUUCAAACUGAAUCUGCAAAAAACAUUCGUGAAAUUUUGGAUGUAACAACUGAGUGUUUGGCUGUUUUGAAGAGCAUAGGAUUACCUACUGAGAGUUGGGAUGACAUUGUUGUAUACACUAUCAUACAGAAACUUGAUAUUGAGUCGCACAGAAUGUUUGAACAAAGAUUAGAAUCAAAUGAUAAAUUACCUACCUGGAAUGAACCAGUCUGA